CGAAAUCCAUGAAUCUUAGAUAAAUCCAGUCAAAGUUAUCGUCUCGGUUCAUCUGGACAAGAGCAUGAUGAUCUUUCGAAUAAAUCAAAUUAUCGUCCAAGUCAGAACACAAUCAGUGACGAUCGCCAGGCUAAGCCACGCUGAUCCUUGAAAAACAAAUCCGCCUCGUCCAACCAAAGCCCCAAAACAACCCAACAAAACAUGCAAAUUCUCUCAGCCGAUCAUGGCUUCACUCGUGUUGGCUGGACAGUCCUUCUCUCCACAGAUCCCGUGUUUUAUCCCGUUGUUCAGGCCGAAUGCUAAGAAUAACCCUGUCCCGACCGUGUUGGCUAGUCUGAUCGAGAUCUUGCCAUUGCUGAGCCUCAAUUUAUUUAUUAUUAUCGCCAAGUCAUAUUCGAAAUAAAAGUGAAGAUUAUUUAAAACUUGACAGCCAUACAAGCUGCUGGCCUGAGCGGCUGUGUUGGUGGGCCUGAGGUUGUCGGCUGUCGGUCGGUGAAGUUAUACAGACGGCUCGCCUGCAGGAUUGCAAUCUUGAUGAAUCCUUCAGGGCUGCAGGAUGAAGGACAUCUCCGAAGGGGCAGCCGUUGAAGGAUGAUUCGCCUGUUGGAAUCGAGUUGGAAUUAUCGUUGGGCUGUUGGUUGUUUUAAUUUGCUCGAUUCUUCUAUUAAUUGUUGCUGUUGCUGUUGUUGUAUCAGGUUGUAUGAGGUGGCAUAGACUCAGUCGGCAG